CCGCGGCUGCAGCAGCCGCGCGAGGAGCCGCCGCCGCCGCCGCCGCCGCCCGGGACUCGGAACGCAGCGCGCGGAGCCAUGGCCUCGGCCCCCGCGGAGCUGGAGACCCGGCAGAGGCUGCUACGCACCGUCAAGAAGGAGGUGAAGCAGAUCAUGGAGGAGGCCGUCACACGCAAGUUUGUCCACGAAGACAGCAGCCACAUCUUCUCCUUCUGUGCGGCCGUGGAGGCGUGCAUCCUGCAUGGGCUGCGGCGACGGGCGGCUGGAUUUCUGCGCAGCAACAAGAUUGCGGCUCUCUUCAUGAAGGUGGGCAAGAGUUUCCCACCAGCCGAGGAGCUGAGCCGCAAGGUCCAGGACUUGGAGCAGCUGAUUGAGAGCACGCGGAACCAAAUCCAGGGCCUCCAGGAGAAUGUGCGGAAGCUGCCAAAGCUACCUAACCUGUCCCCACUUGCCAUCAAGCACCUGUGGAUCCGCACAGCCUUGUUUGAGAAAGUCCUGGAUAAAAUUGUUCAUUACCUUGUGGAAAACAGCAGUAAAUACUAUGAGAAGGAGGCUCUCCUCAUGGACCCUGUGGAUGGCCCCAUCCUUGCAUCUUUGUUGGUGGGGCCCUGUGCCCUGGAAUAUACCAAGAUGAAGACUGCAGAUCACUUCUGGACUGACCCCUCAGCUGAUGAGCUUGUCCAGAGGCAUCGCAUCCAUAGCUCGCACCUGCGGCAGGACUCGCCCACCAAGCGGCCGGCCCUCUGCAUCCAGAAGAGGCAUUCAAGUGGCAGCAUGGACGACCGGCCGUCCCUCUCCGCCCGUGACUAUGUGGAAUCUCUGCACCAGAACUCCCGUGCCACACUGCUCUAUGGCAAGAACAACGUUUUGGUUCAGCCGAGGGAUGACAUGGAGGCUGUGCCGGGGUACCUGUCCCUGCACCAGACAGCUGACGUCAUGACCUUAAAGUGGACACCCAACCAGCUGAUGAACGGGUCUGUGGGAGACCUGGACUAUGAGAAGAGUGUCUACUGGGACUACGCCAUGACCAUCCGCCUGGAGGAGAUUGUUUACCUGCAUUGCCACCAGCAAGUGGACAGCGGCGGGACGGUGGUGUUGGUCAGCCAGGACGGGAUCCAGAGGCCUCCCUUCCGCUUCCCCAAGGGCGGGCACCUCCUGCAGUUCCUCUCGUGCCUGGAGAACGGGCUGCUUCCUCACGGCCAGCUGGACCCACCACUCUGGUCCCAGCGGGGGAAGGGCAAGGUAUUUCCCAAACUACGCAAGCGAAGCCCUCAGGGUUCCGCCGAGUCCACGUCUUCAGACAAGGAAGACGACGAGGCCACGGAUUACGUGUUCAGGAUCAUCUACCCUGGCAUGCAGUCCGAAUUUGGCCCGGCCUGGAUGGUGGUUCCUGCAGGCCAGUCCAUGCUGGUGGUGGCCAGGGGGAGUCGGUGGGCACGAGCCAGAUGGGACGCCACUCUCGCCACUCCAGGCUUGCAGCAGCAGCCCCCCAUCCCCCAGGACCUGAUGGAUGUCUCUGUGAGCAACCUGCCAUCCCUGUGGCAACCCGGACCCCGGAAAUCCUCCUGCUCAUCCUGCUCGCAAAGUGGCUCAGCUGAUGGUGGCUCAACCAGUGGCUGCAACCAUGAGAGAGCUCCUCUGAAGCUUCUCUGUGACAACAUGAAGUACCAGAUCCUCUCCAGAGCCUUCUAUGGAUGGCUUGCCUACUGCCGUCACCUGUCCACUGUGAGGACACACUUGUCAGCUCUGGUCAAUCACAUGAUUGUGUCUCCAGACUCACCCUGCGAUGCUGGCCAGGGGCUGACGGCCAGGAUCUGGGAGCAGUACCUUCAGGACAGCACGAGUUAUGAGGAGCAGGAGCUGCUGCGCCUCAUCUACUACGGGGGCAUCCAGCCGGAGAUCCGCAAGGCCGUGUGGCCCUUCCUUCUUGGCCACUACCAGUUCGGGAUGACGGAAGCAGACAGGAAGGAGGUGGACGAGCAGAUUCACGCCUGCUACGCGCAGACCAUGGCCGAGUGGUUGGGCUGUGAGGCGAUCGUGCGGCAGAGGGAGCGGGAGUCCCACGCAGCCGCCCUGGCCAAGUGCUCGUCGGGGGCCAGCCUGGACAGCCACCUGCACCGGAUGAUGCACCGUGACUCCACCAUCAGCAAUGAGUCCUCCCAGAGCUGCAGUUCAGGACGCCAGAACAUCCGUCUGCAGAGCGACUCCAGCAACAGCACCCAGGUGUUUGAGUCUGUGGACGAGGUGGAGCCAGUGGAGACUGAAGGCAGAUUGGAGGGGAAACAACCCAAGAUUCCCAAUGGGAACCUAGUGAACGGUACUUGUUCCCCAGACUCUGGCCACCCUUCUUCCCACAACUUCUCCUCGGGCCUCUCGGAGCACUCGGAGCCCAGCCUGAGCACGGAAGACAGUGUCAUGGACGCCCAGCGGAACGCCCCGCCAGCGCUGCGACCCAGGGACAGCAGUGUGGACGAUGGGCAGAGCAGCGAGGCCACCACUUCCCGGGACGAGGCUCCCCGUGAGGAGCUGGCUGUGCAGGAUAGCCUGGAGAGCGAUCUUGCCAACGAGAGCAUGGACGAGUUCAUGUCCAUCCCUGGCAGCAUGGACGUGGCCCUGCCCGAAAAAGAGGCUGCUGCGCUAGAGGGCUGGGGGGCCAGUGAGGUGGAGAAAUGCAGCCAGGUGGACAGUGAGGACAACCUCUCGGAGGAGCCCGAGAUGGAAAGUCUCUUCCCUGCCCUGGCUUCUCUUGCUGUGACCACGUCGGCCAACAGUGAGACCUCCCCUGUGUCUUCCAGCGGUGUCACCUAUUCUCCAGAGCUGCUGGACCUCUACACGGUCAACCUACACCGCAUCGAGAAGGACGUGCAGAGGUGUGACCGCAACUACUGGUACUUCACGCCCGCCAACCUGGAGAAGCUGCGCAACAUCAUGUGCUGCUACGUCUGGCAGCACAUUGAGAUCGGAUACGUUCAAGGCAUGUGUGACCUCCUGGCCCCACUGUUGGUCAUCCUGGAUGACGAGGCCCUUGCCUUCAGCUGCUUCACAGAGCUCAUGAAGAGAAUGAACCAGAACUUUCCCCACGGAGGCGCCAUGGACACGCACUUUGCCAACAUGAGGUCGCUGAUCCAGAUCCUGGACUCAGAACUCUUUGAGCUGAUGCAUCAGAAUGGGGACUACACUCACUUCUACUUCUGCUACCGCUGGUUCCUGCUGGAUUUCAAACGAGAACUCAUCUACGAUGACGUCUUCUCGGUCUGGGAGACCAUCUGGGCAGCCAAGCACGUCUCGUCCUCCCACUAUGUCCUGUUCAUCGCGCUGGCUCUCGUGGAGGCCUACCGCGACAUCAUCUUGGAGAACAACAUGGAUUUCACAGACAUUAUCAAAUUCUUUAACGAAAUGGCCGAGCGACACAACACCAAGCAAGUCCUGAAGCUGGCCCGGGACCUCGUGUACAAGGUGCAGACACUGAUUGAGAACAAGUGACGGGGCCUCACCGGGUAGCGUUGGCCAAGGCCCCACCUGCCCGCCCUCCGCCUGCUCACCUCCCGGCCGGAGGGCCUCCCCGGGAGCCAGGUCCAGGUGUCUGCUCGUGGGCUCGGACUUCUGUGCAAAGAGAGACUACCCCGACUUGGGCCGCUGGGCAGGUGGGGGCGAGGGGUUGCCCCUUCAGUUCAGCCUUACGUUUCCUUGUUUGACCAAAGAUCGCCCGGGUCUGUGAUUCCUCCCUGGCGGGCGGUGGGGAUUGUUGGUGGAUGGAAGAAACAUCUUCCUUCGUGGUCUACAGAACGGUCUCCUCCUCUUCUCUCCUCCAUCCCUUCAUACUGUCAGAUGAGCCUUAGGGAGGGUAUUUUUGGAAAAUUGGAGUAGGAGAGGUCCAGGGAGCCACUUCCCUACUCUGGAUGGGGCCUUUGGAGAUGUUCCGGAGCAUGCGGGAAGGUGAUUUAGAGCAGGAUUUCCCACCCUUGGCACUGGAUGAUUCUUUGUGGUAGGGGGCUGUCCUGUGUACGGCAGGUGGUGGAGCAGCGUCCCUGGGCUCCACCUGCUAGAUGCCAGUAGCAACCCCUCCUCUCCCACCGUGCUCCUGAGCUGUGACGACCACAUGUCCCCUGGGAGGCAAAAUCACCCCUGUUGAGAACUGUUGGCCUCUAGGAGGGGCCACAAAUAUCUGUCCCUCUCCACUUUCACUUUCUUUAUCCCUAAGCCACCCUAUGUCCGAGCCGUGCCCACCCACCCCAUUUAGAAGAGGUGUACAUGGGCGUCCUUCACAAAUUUUUCUUGGAGUCUGAGAUUCCUUUGUUAUAUUCUCUAGUUUUUUCUCUUCUCCCUGACACCAAGAGAUACUUCUUUUCUUCUUUUCAAGAAAGUCAUCUUCCUGCAAAGGUGAUAGAACUCGAGAAGUAUCUGUAGGCGUGAGAUCAUCCCCAGCAACUCUGGGUUCUGCCUGGAACCACCCCCACCCCACCCCCGGCAGGGCAGAGUCCCAUCUCCCUCCCCUCUUCUGGAGGGAAGACCUUGUCCCCCAUCCCACACUUUGGGUCUUGUACCCCAGAGGCUUACAAGGUGUCUGUUGGUGAAAGGCCUGUGGUCAGAGAGGCAGGCUGUUUUCUAAGUGCCCUUGCUCACUCAGGACAAAGAAGGGAAAAGAAGAUGGAGGGCGGCCAGGGUAGAGUGUGGCGUGUGUUUUCCUUCAAAAAGAGCUGCUGAUGAAGCUGGCUGGGGCCAGGGCCAUGGCCAGGUCUGGGAACAGCCCCCCCACCCCCACCCCCACCCACUUGCAUUUUCAUACCAAGAUCGCUGAUCCACAAACAGACCCUAAAUUAGCUAGUUAUCCUCGCCUACCUGUCCUUCCACUUGAGCCAUCUUUGAGAAUGCACCAGAAUCCAGGAUACAGGGAGACGUAGGGGAAUUCUCUUCCCAGGAAUCCUGCCACUGCUAGGGCAGUCAGAGAAUGACACUUAGGAUUUGGGAGCUGGGAGGAGAUUGACACAGCACUUGGGAGAUUUUGCAGAAGGGUUUCGUUGUCCUCCCGCCCUGAGCAAGCCAGGACAGGGAGAGAAGGUUCCCUUCCUCGGCCACAGGGCCUUCAUCUGAAUCUUAAUUGCCGACCUCUGCCCAAGAGGGGCCUGUUGGGCAGGGUGGAGGAGGCCUGGGCUGUCUUGGCUUCACAGAGAGCACUUGAGGGGAGACUUGAAGGUUCGAUAGCCUUUGCUCAUCCAACGUCCAGCUCUUAUCCCACCCCUCCAAAGAAGGAUGGAGAAAGAGCAGUGCUAGGGGUUAGGGGUUGCAUUUCUUCACCCAGCUUCCCAAGAGCAGGGGGAAAAUGUGCAGAAGUCCCCUCCAGAUAAAAGUUUAUUUUGCCAUUCAGCUGUUCACUACAGAGGAUACUAUUUUAGCAGGACCCAGGUCCUAGACUUCUGAUUCUUAUUUAUUUUUUUGACAGAGUUAGUCAGAAAGUACAGCACAAGAAAUCUUCUCAGCCUUCUUUCUCGGUGUUCCAGAGUGCAUCUGUGGUUGUGAUUUGGAAUAACUAAUAUUUAUUCAGUUUACUGUGCUUCUUCAGGUCUCUGUACAUUGUGUGUGUCUUUGUAUAUUUUGGAAUUUUAAUGCGUGGGAGUCGUUCUGUCUACAGAGUACCCUCUUUUUCCAGUGCUGCCAAACAUGUCUUGUAAAUGUUUAUGAAGAGUUGUGACCAUAUAUAGAAAAUAUAUAUAUAAACAGAGAAA